UUCCAACGUCACAGCAGGUGGGUCACGCUCGCGCUCCGCUCACAUAAACAAGUAACCGCGAGUGACAUUGUGCGAUUGUGUGUGAACAUAUACCAACAGUGUGUACAACUCAUUCAAGAUGGGAUGUGGAACGAGUUUUGUGAAAUAUGUGCUGUUCUUCUUCAACUUGGUGGUCGCGCUCCUCGGCCUAGCGGUAAUAGGUAUUGGAGUGGCGGUCCAGUUGAACUGGGCGGCUGUGAAGGAUGAGUUGAAGUCACACUUGACGGUAGCACCAUGGGUGUUCAUCAUCAUAGGAGCCAUUAUGUUCGUGAUCGCCUUCUUCGGUUGCUGCGGAGCGAUACGGGAGAGUCACUGCAUGGUUGUCACGUACGCUAUCUUCUUACUGGUGAUAAUCAUCGUGCAAGUGGUAAUCGGUGUACUCUUAUUCGCCUACGGUGACACGAUCAAACAGAGCCUCGUCAACUCCGUCAACGCGCUCUUCGACAAGAGGUCCAGUGCUUCCGUUGACAAAGCUACGGACGCUAUCAUCAACAACAUUCAACAACAGUUCAAUUGCUGUGGUAAGAAUGGUCCCCAAGACUACGGCCUCAGCCUUACCCUGCCUGAGUCCUGCUGCAGCACCACUAGCACUUUCGGGCAUGUCAUCGGAGGCAAGUGCACAAUCGAGGUCGCUAACCGUGGCUGCGCCAGUGUCAUCUCCGACUUGUACGAGAAAUGGAACAAGCCUAUUGCUGGAGUCGCCAUCGGAAUCGCCUGUAUUGAGGUGGUCGGAGCGCUGUUCGCGCUGUGUCUCGCCAAUUCCAUAAGAAAUAUGGACAGAAGGUCUCGCUACUAAUAUUUUGUACACUUAAACUGGUAUGUCUAAAACGAAGACGUCACGAAAAUAACAUUCGAAUAAGAAAAAUAUAAAUCAACGACAGAUACAAAAAUAUAAGUUACUUAUGUACAAGUUAAGUUAAGAUUAGCUUGGUCUAGCGCAUGUCCCACCUUUUCGAAAAAUAAAAACACAAUUUUAUUCAGGAAC